AUGGGAGAAGGCAAGCGACUUACAAAAAAGCAACUCAAAGCGACCGCAUUCAGGAGCAAGAAGAAGAUCAAGGAGCUCAUCGAGGAGAAGAGCCAGGCCUUACCAGAACAGGACGAAGAUAUCGAUGGAGAAGACGACGACAACAACACAAGAAAGCCUUCAUCAUCAUCAUCAACAUCCAAGAAACGCAAACGAGAGAAACCAUCGACGGCGAGCUCCUCAAAACCUGUUGUUGAAGACGAUCAGGACGAAGCUCAGGAGACUUCUAAGACUGAAAUCGUUAAUGCGGCGGCCUUCAAACGCAGGAAGAGGAAGAAUGCUGCCAAACUGAAAGAGAAAGAAGAGAUCCAGAAACGGAAAAGCUCAAAGUUGAUCCUCUUCAUUGGAAACCUACCCUUCGACAUCUCCGUCGAACGUCUCAAAAGUUUCUUCUUGGAACAUUGCGGGGAGGAGCCGUCGGUGAGGUUGAUGACUUCGAAGACGAGCCAAUCGCCGGGUGGGACGAGCGUCCAGCCAACGACGAAGGGGUGCGGGUUUAUCGAAUUCGAGAGCUCUGCGGCGCUCCAGAAGGCGCUGAGGCUACACCAUACACCACUGAGUGCGGAGACGGAUGGGCCGACGAACUCGCGGGAGAAUGUGGAGAAGAAGGCCCGGAAGAUCAACAUCGAGUUGACGGCCGGCGGCGGAGGCACCUCGGAGAACCGGCGCAAGAAGAUCCUCGAAUCCCACCAACGACUCGCUAAACAGAGAGACAAAAUUCUGGAGAAACGCAUCAAAUCUUCGACCCUCGAUAAAUCUUCUAACCCCGCCAAUCCCCCCGCCGACCCCCAGUUCGACGUCUCCAUCAAACUCGGCAGUCGGCCUAAUCCUCACAAGAAACAUAAAUCCACUCCUCUCAAUCCUACACGAUUUAAACCUCAUUUCAGUGGCGCUAAUGCAAUCAAACUGGGAUAG